CUCCGCUACGUCACGUAAACGGAAAAGAAGCGGCCAGUUCAACGACAGACACUCAACCAAAUAAGCUCCGACUGCGUCGUUGCCCAGUUUUCAAGGAAAACCUUUUUUUUAAGCACAUUUCACGGGAUUUGUUGACUAAUCGUCAACCCCGUUGUAAACUUUUGUUACCAUGACAACCUACUUCAUAUAAAAGCAAAAUCUGGGGGUUUGAGUUUGUUCGAUUGUAGUCACUGCACGUUAUGGAAGAAAAGGAAUUAAGUCUCAUCGACAAGAAUAUUUCAAGCCUGCUGGAGGUUCCCCUGCGUCCCACCAUCACAUCACUCAACCUGCACUGCAACCGCAUUCCGAGGAUCGAGGGUCUGACAUCGGCGUGGCUCUUGAGACAUUUGGACCUGUCCUCCAACUGCAUUGCUAAAAUUGAGGGUCUCGCUUCUCUCACGACCCUGAGGACUUUAAAUUUAUCUUGCAAUGCCAUCACCAAGGUUGAGGGACUGACCGGCCUGGUGAAUUUAACAAGGUUAGACUUGUCCUUCAAUCAGAUAAAUGACCUCAGUGGCCUAUUGCACCUUCACGGCCCCGGACGCAAGCUCAAGCACCUCGGUCUCCAUAGCAACCGCCUCGGCAGCAUCGAGCACCUCCUGCAGUGCUUGAAGGGAUUGCAGGCUUUAAGUGAGGUGCUUUUGAGCCACGGCGGCAAGGACAACCCGCUGUGCACGACGCCAGGUUACCGUGAGAUGGUGAUGCAGUCAUUGCCACAAGUGUCAUUUCUUGAUGGCCUGGAUCGUCUCGGACAGCCGUCAUAUUCCACGGCCGACAGUCCGUGCGACAUACCCGGGCUCGAGAACUAUGUGGACCUCCUCCUGGUCUCCGAGGCCGGAAACAAUCAAGAGGAUGCUCUUUUGACCACGCCCAGUAUCAGGGAAGUACUGAGCCACUUUGGACACAGCGUGGCCAUUGAAGCCUUUGGCGAUUCAACGGCAGCCCCCGACGGGCAGGGCAUCCAGCAGCUGCAGCAGCAGCAGAAGGGCGAAGAGCGGGUCAAGAAACUGGAGCUGCAGGUGUCUCACCUUCUUCAGCAGGCUUCCGCAAGGCACGAGUGCAGUCAGCCCGGCCGCUCUGCGGUCAAAGCGCGGGCAGCCACAAAUGACACGGACCGCACGUCGGAAAGCGAUCGCGACAGCGGCAAGGAAAACGCCGCUCGCCGCGCCGUCCCAAAAUAUCGCAAGCCCGCAUCGAGGACCACGACGAGCAAGAGCUCAGACAGGUGGUCUUCCGGCACCGUCAAAGGGGGCGUUGAGGCAUCGGUUCCCAAAAGGAGGGUCGCACCGAGAGCCGGCAAGGAGCCGACGGAUGCGAAAAGCAAGUCUAUUGAGGAAGAAACCUAUAAGGCUAUCGUGGAGGAGCGGGACCGGGAGAGAGAGAGGCGCUGGAAGGCCGAGCAGGACGUCACCAAGUUAACGGACCAAUUGAAGUGCCUGAAGACCAAAGUCGCUGAGGAGCAAAACCUGCAGACUAUGGCCAUGCACACCACCGACAGGCUUAAAGAUUUGCUGCUGAAGGAGCGUUCGGGACGCCGUGAGCUGGAGUCUCGCAUGCAGCAGCUGAGCCGGCAGCUGGAACAGGCGCGCGGCAGCGAGGAGCGGCACAAGCGUGCCUUCCGGCAACUGGAGGAGGACGUCGCCCACGGGGAGGCUUUGCGGGCUCGCCAGCAGGCACAAGAAAUGAAGCGGCAGCAGGAGCUGGAGAACAAGGCGGCGGCCCUGAGCCGAGACUUGGACGUCCAGCGAGCCAAAGUGCAGCAGCUGCACCAACUGCUGGUGUGUAGGGAACGAGAAGACAGAAAGCAGCCGGGCGGGACAGAGUUCCUGGCGGCGGUGGCGAGAGAAGUGGCGUCCGAGAAGCAAAGUUACGCUCGGAGAGAGUCCGAGUUGAAGGCUCAAGCGGAGGAGGGCAAGAGAGCCUACGCGGCCCUGGAGGACGAAUUCCGCAUGGCGCUCACCUUUGAGGCCGCCCGAUUCUCUGAGUUGAAGAAGGCGUGCGACGAGAUGACAGCAGAGCUGCCGGAGCUGCGGGUGACGCUGGCUCAGUCGCAGCAGGCGGAGAAGAAAUCGGCUUCCCUGGUGCGGGAGCUCGCGGCGCUGGCGGAGGAGCAGAAGGGCCGCAUCGCAGAGCUCAUCCGUGCAAAGAAAAACGUUGUGACCGAGUUCAAGAGGCGCGCCCGGGCUCUGGAGGCCGACCUGGAUCGGGACCGCCGUACGCGCCUUCAGCUGGAGGCGCUCAAGAAGGACAAAGCGCGACUAUCGUCUCAGCUGGGCGCGCAAGAGUCCGUCAUCGAUGGCCUCAGGGCAGAGAGGCGCCUCUGGGGGCAGGAGCUCGCUCAGCAAGGAGCAUCUCUGGCUCAGGACCGCGGGCGUCUGGAGGCCAGGAUCGAGGCGCUAAGCGCCGAGGUGGAGGCGCAGAAGAAGCAAAUGGAGCGGGACCGCGACACGCUCCAAAUUAAAGCCAAAAUCACGGAGGAUCAAACGGAAUCCAUCCGCAAACUCAAAGAGACGCUGCGGGAGCGCGACGAGCAGGCCCGCGGCCUCCGCGACGACAACGCCCGGGCCGAGGAGACCUUCCGGCGGCGGCUCGACGAGGAGACCUCUCGGCUGUCGGAGCUGGAGGGCCACGCGCAGCGCCUCGGCUUGCGCAAGGACGAGCUCAAGCGGCAGUUGGAGGACAAGGAGGCCGAAGUCGCCGAGCUCAAACGAGUUCACAGUGAGUCGAGUAAAAAGUGGCACGAAAAGGCUCAGCUUCUCACUCAACUGGAGAGCCAAGUGAAGCGCAUGAAGGAAAACUUUGAGAGCAAGGAACGCGCGCUCCUGGAAGAGAACCAACACUUGGCCGAGGCGCACGGAGCGGCGGUGGAGAAGCUGCGAUGCAUGGACCAUGCCUUUUGCGCGCAGCUGCAGUCCCUCCAGGCCGCCCAUCAGGCCCAGUUGCUGCAGCUGGCGGACGACCGGCGCGCUCGCAUAGAAGAAGCCGAUCGAAAGGUCUUAGAAGUUGAGGAGGAGAUGCGUCAGUUGCUGCUUGAGGUGGAGGCCAACAAGAGGAUCACAGAGGAGAAAAUGAAACGCCUUAACAGUGUGCUAAAAGAUUUCAACUGCUAAAAUACUGUACAUUGGUCAUAUGUCAGCGCAGAUGGGUUUUAGUUUUUUACAAGUUCGUUUUUAUGAAUUAAAUUAUUUUAAAUGAC